CAGUGUUGACUUCCCCAUGAAAUGCAACACCAACAAUUUUGGAGUCUCUGAGAGUAGGAAAGGGGGCAGGGGGACAUCUCCGCGCCCGCCCCUCUGGGGAGCCGGCCUCGAGGCAGCUCUCCCGCCCUCCGGCAGCCACGCGGGACCCCGAACUCCCACGGGGACUGGCUAGACAGACCCUUUUGUGUACGUAAGAUCCAGGAAACGAAACCUAGAGCCGGGUUUUCCGCCCCGCGUAGGUCCCUCGGAGGCCCCCUUCCUGGUGACUUCAGGGAAGGUUGUGUAACGCGCCGCGCUGAGCUGCCGAGGAGCCCAGGGGACACAGCGACCGCCAGGCGCCCGGGUUCCCGGCCCUCGUCUCGCCCAGCGCCGCCCCGGAGCAGCAGCAGCCACAGGGCCACGUAAACUCAUUCUGAAUUGUUCAACCGUUGCUGAACUUCUUGAGUACAUAUAAUUAAGAGAACUCUUUAAAUCAUGGACAAACAAAAUGCACAAAUGAAUGCUCCUCACCCAGGAACAAAUUUACCAGCUGGGUAUCCCCCUCAGUACCCUCCAGCAGCAUUCCAAGGGGAAAUCAACCAUCCUUACUCUCCAAGAGUUGGAGACUAUUACGCUAAAGCUGGACAUCCUGGCUACCUGGGCCCCCAAGCUGCCUAUCCUGGGACCCAGGCAGGCUAUUCUGGCCCCCAACCUGGCUACUCAAUCCCACCACCUGGCUAUUCAGGUGCUGGCCCAGUGGGCUUUGCUGUCCAACACCAGCCAGUGUAUAAUCAGCCAGGUGGACCUGCAGCGGUACCAUGGAUGCCGGCACCACCAGUUCCACCAAACUGCCCACCAGGCUUGGAAUAUUUAAGUCAGAUAGAUCAGAUACUGAUUCAUCAGCAAAUUGAGAUUCUGGAAGCUUUAACAAGUUUUGAAACAAAUAACAAAUACGAAAUUAAGAACAGCCUUGGGCAGAGGAUUUACUUUGCAACAGAGGAUACCGAUUGCUGCACCCGAAAUUGCCUUGGGGCUUCUAGGCCUUUUACCCUGAGGAUUCUUGAUAACAUGGGCCGAGAGGUCAUCACCCUGGAGAGACCACUGAGGUGUGUCAGCUGUUGUUGCCCCUGCUGCCUUCAGGAGAUAGAAAUCCAAGCUCCUCCCGGUGUACCGGUAGGUUAUGUGAUUCAGAACUGGCAUCCAUGCCUACCGAAGUUUACAGUUCAAAAUGAGAGGAGAGAGGAUGUACUUAAAAUUACAGGUCCAUGUCUUGUGUGCAGCUGUUGUGCAGAUGUUGAUUUUGAGAUUAAAUCUCUUGAUGAAGAAAAUGUGGUUGGCAAGAUUUCCAAGCAGUGGACUGGUUUGGUGAGAGAGGCAUUUACAGAUGCUGAUAACUUUGGGAUCCAGUUCCCUUUAGACCUUGAUGUGAAAAUGAAAGCUGUGAUGCUGGGCGCGUGUUUCCUCAUUGACUUCAUGUUUUUUGAAAGCAGUGGAAACAGAGAACAGAGAGCAGGCGUGUGGUAGUGGAUUAAUAAAAAUCUCUUCAGAAAAUGUGGUCUGCAUAUUGAUUGUUAUUAUGUAAAACUCAGUGGAAUUUCUUUUUUUUUAUUGAAUUGACGUACAGCAUGUGUGAAUUACACUGUGAUGCAGGUAUAUGAUUUCACUUUUCAAAUUAUAGAGUUUAUUUUCUGUAUCACUUAAUAAAUAUUUUUAUAUUUUUU